AUGCAUUACGGCUGGCCCUCAAACGCAGUACCCCUCCUCACCAACGGAACCUACAGGUUCACCCUCACCAAAACCGAAGCCUCUUGGUUAGUUUCCAUGACCUUCAUCGGCGAUGCCAUCGGCUCUCUCCUAGCAGUAGCCUCCGUAAAACCCCUGGGCCGCAAGAGGCUAAUCCUCCUCAGCUCCCCAACCCUAGCUAUCUCCUGGUUGCUGCUAGCUCUGGGACCUUCUCAAGCCUAUUUCUUCGUGGGGAGGCUACUGGGAGGCACGGUGGAUGGCAUGGUGUUCUCCAUAGUACCGCCGUACCUCAACGAGAUAGCUGAUGUGGAGAUACGCGGCUUCAUGGGGGCUAUCAACAUGUGCAGCUUCGCUUUCGGCAUGGCUGCCAUCAACUGGCUGGCGCUCUUCUCAACGCUGGAUACCGUGGGCUAUUUAGCAGCUGGAGGGGCUCUGUCCGUACUGCUGAUGGUACCGUUCUUGCCGGAAAGCCCCCAGUACUCGCUGUGGACGAACGAUGUGGCUGGGGCUAGAAGCAGCCUACGGAAGUUGCGCGGGAAGACGGACGUUGAAGAGGAGCUGAAUGAGAUAGUUGCGGGUAUCUCUGUUGAUGGAAGAGGCAACAAGUUGGUGGAUAUUCUGUUUAGGAAGCGUUUGAGGCGGUGCUUGUUGGUGUUGUUCGUGCUGAAUUGGACAACGAAUCUCAGCGGAGCUGGGGCUAUACAAGCCUACUCAAAAACCAUGUUUGAUAAGGGGAAUUUCAUGUCAGCUAGCUCAGCCAACGCGGUGUACUAUGCUGUUUUUUGUGUUUCUUCUAUGUUCUCCCCACUGGUAGUGGACAGAUUCGGUAGGAAGCAGCUUCUUGUUGCUUCAGCGGGUCUAGCGAUAGUACCUCUACUAGGAAACGGGGUGUUUUUGUUGGUGAAGAGUUGGCAAGUUGAUACUAGUAGGGUGGACUUCUUGGAGUUUGUUUUUAUUCUACUGUUUACGGUAACGCACAGUAUGGCUUUGUAUACUUUGCCGGUGGCUAUUGUAGCUGAGAUUUUCCCGUCUGAUCUGAAAACUGUUGCUAUGUGCAUUCUGAAUGUUAGUUUUGGGGUUAUCAGUACUGGAGUUGUGCUUCUGUUCAACUGGACCUAUUAUUCUUACGGUGGGUAUGUUCCUUUUUUCAUUUUUGGAGGUUGUUUGACUGUUGGCUUGGUGUUCAUAAUUCUGAUCGUACCAGACACCGGAAAAAAUAGAUUACAAGAACAACAUUCACAGUGGAAUGAUGAAGAGAGUGUUUCACGUUGA